AUGCAGGCCCUACUAUUCCUGAUGGCACUUCUCUUGCCUUCAGGAGCUGGCACUGAGGAGAUUAUUGGUGGUGUUGAAGCUAAACCACACUCCUACCCUUACAUGGCCCAUCUGGAGAUCAUCCGUUACAGUGGUCGCCAGGACAGCUGUGGUGGGUUUCUCGUAACCCGCCAAUUUGUGCUGACUGCUGCACACUGUAAAGGAAGAAAAAUCAGUGUCACCCUUGGAGCUCAUGAUGUGAGCAAGACAGAACCCACACAGCAGAAGAUAAAAGUUGAAAAACAAAUUCCUCACCCAAAGUUUAUUUGGAAUUUGGGUCUCAAUGACAUCAUGUUACUGAAGCUUGAAGAGCAAGCUGAGUUGACUCCUGCUGUGGAUGUAAUUCCCCUGCCUGGUCCCUCUGACUUUAUCAAGCCUGGGGAAAUGUGCUGGGCAGCUGGCUGGGGGCGAACUGGAGUGGAUAAACCUACCUCAGACACCCUGAGGGAGGUGAAACUGAGAAUCAUGGAUAAAGAGGCUUGUAAAAAACAUAAGCAUUAUGACGAUAACCUCCAGGUCUGCGUGGGCAGUCCCACAACGUUAAAAUCCGUAUACAAAGGAGACUCUGGGGGACCUCUAGUGUGUGCUGGUGUGGCCCACGGUAUUGUAUCUUACAAUAUUUACCCAGUUGAAAAGCCCCCUACAGUCUUCACUCGAAUCUCCUCAUACAUGCUCUGGAUUAAUGACGUCCUAAAGGGCAAGUAG